AUGGAUGGUCCGCGCGAAAUUGCGCGAGUACGUGCCUCACUGUUUCAGAUAAAUGGCGUCAAGAAGGAACCACUUACGCUGCCAGAACCUGAGGGCACUCCUGUGCAGCUCAAUGAGAAAGUCUAUGUGCCAGUGCGAGAACAUCCAGAUUUCAAUUUCGUUGGCAGAAUUUUGGGCCCACGUGGCAUGACAGCUAAGCAAUUAGAACAAGAGACUGGUUGUAAAAUAAUGGUUCGAGGCAAAGGCUCGAUGAGAGAUAAAAAGAAGGAGGAUGCAAAUCGCGGCAAACCCAACUGGGAACACUUGUCCGAUGAUCUGCAUGUGCUGAUCACCGUGGAGGACACAGAGAAUCGUGCCAAAGUCAAAUUAGCGCAGGCUGUUGCUGAAGUGCAAAAGUUGCUCGUACCGCAAGCCGAAGGCGAAGAUGAACUUAAAAAACGUCAACUCAUGGAAUUAGCUAUAAUUAAUGGCACUUAUAGGGAUACGUCUGCGAAAAAUCCCGUUCCAGCCUGUGAGGAAGAAUGGCGUCGUGUGAUCGCUGCAUCGGCUGAAAGUCGUCUACUCGCGCCAGCAUUGCCUGGCCUGGCACCACAGAUACGCGCUCCACAAGCCACCACCUUGGGCGCUCCGUUGAUACUCUCGCAACGCAUGACCGUGCCCACUACAGCGGCGAGCAUACUGUCCGGCCAAGCUGCGCCCACUGCAUUCGAGAAUCCCGCACACGGCAUGAUUUUCGCACCAUAUGGCGAUUAUGCGAAUUAUGCUGCUCUCGCUGCCGGUAAUCCCUUGCUGACGGAAUACACAGACCAUAGCGGCGCAAUUAAACAGCAGAGACGUUUGGCUAACAGAGAUCAUCCAUAUCAGAGGGCUGCCGCUGCGGUCGGUGUCACAGCUAAGCCAGGUUUCAUUGAGAUACAAUAAAAGCCAGAAUCGCAUUGAUUAUGACGAAAAGAAGCAUAAACUUAAAUCAAAAAGCUAAAGUUAAUGAGUGAAAUUACAACAACAGUUACAAUGUUAUAGUUAAAGUUAAAUAUUGUUUAUCAACUUUGCUAUGCAUACAUACAACUUAUCACUAUUUGUAUAUGUAUGCAUGUAUAUGGCUCCAUUAAUCUCUUUCGUUUAAUUUUUUCUUUGCAUACUCGUAUAAGAAACUAAAGUAAUCUCGUUUUUUACACUUAAAUAU